AUGCCUCAGGUGCUGGAGGCGCUGCGGCGCCGGCGGGUGGUGCUGAUCGCAGGGGAGACAGGCUGCGGCAAGUCCACACAGAUCCCGCAGUACAUCCUCGACGCCUCGCCGUCCGCCAGGGUCGUGGUGACGCAGCCACGGAGGAUCGCGGCCACCUCCCUGGCGCAGCGCGUCGCGCAGGAGCGCUGCGAGGCGGUCGGGGGCACUGUCGGCUACGCGAUACACAUGGAGAGCAGGACCUCGCGCGAGACACGCUGCACGUACUGCACCACCGGCGUCUUCCGACGCCGGUUGCUGGCCGACCCCCAGCUGCAGGGCCUGACGCACAUUGUGCUCGACGAGGUGCACGAGCGCGAGCUGAACGGCGAUUUCAUCCUCAUCAUACUGAAGCGCCUCAUGGAGGAGAGCCCCCACCUGCGGCUGGUCCUCAUGAGCGCCACGCUGCAGCUCGAGGUCUUCCAGGAGUACUUCCCGGGCUGCGCCACCAUCAGCAUCCCCGGCCGCACCUUCCCCGUCGAGCGCUUCUACCUCGACGACGUGGCAGCGCUGCUGCACCAGACGCCCGAGCUGCGGCCCCACCUCGGGCCCGCCUUCGCGGCCGCGGGCCGCGUCCGCGACGAGAAGGACUUCAAGAGGCAGGUCGCGCAGCAGGAGAGGCACCCGGACCAGGUCUGCGGCUACGGCGCCGGGCUCCACGAGGCGCUGACGCCCGAGCGCCUGGAGGACGGGUGCCGCAAGCACGACGUGCUGCAGCAGGGCCGCGGCACGGCGUACGACGUCCCCAUCAUCGACGGCCUCAUCCCGAAGAACCAAAAGACCUGGACUGGGAGGCGAGCGAGGCCCCCGAGGCGGAGGCGGGUGCGAUCCUGGUGUUCCUGCCGGGCUGGGGCGACAUCGACCAGACCAAUCGCAGGCUGCACGAGUCGCUGGACCCGAGCCGGUUCGAGAUACUGCCCUGCCACUCGCAGAUACGCAGCGAGCAGCAGAACGCGAUCUUCAAGCGGCCCCCGCCGGGCGUUCGCAAGAUCAUCCUGGCGUCCAACAUCGCGGAGACCUCGAUCACCAUCGAAGAUGUCAACGUGGUCAUCGACACGGGGCGGGCCAAGGAGACCUCGUACGAUCCAUACCUCAAGGUGGGCACCUUGGCCACGAACUUUGUGUCCAAGGCCUCGGCCGAGCAGCGCGCCGGGCGGGCCGGGAGAACCUCGGUGGGGCGUUGCUACCACCUGUUCUCCAGGAAUCUGGCGGUCCGAGGAGAUGGAGGCCUUCCGGCAGCCGGAGCUGCUGCGCUCGCCCCUGGAGGACGUCUGCCUGCACACGGCGCACCUCCUGGCGCAGCACGGCGUGGUGAGCGCGGGCGGCGCGGGCAUUGCCGGGUGGCUCGCGCAGGCGCCGCAGCCACCCGACGCCAUCGCCGUCAGGAACGCCGUGGAGCUGCUGAAGGUGCUGGGCGCGCUCACCCCGGCGGGCGAGAUCAGCUGCCUCGGGGUGAAGCUCGCGAGCCUGCCGCUGCCGGUGUCGAUGGCUCGCAGCGUGAUCUGGGCCGUGCUGCUGGGCUGCCUGGACCCCAUCCUCACCAUCCUGAGCGCCGCCUCUGGGCGGGACCCCUUCCAGCUGCCGCAGGAGGGCGGCAAGGGCGCACCCCGCGGCGCCGGGGGCUUCGGCCAGCUGAGCGCGCAGCUGCGGCGCGUGAAGCAGGAGCUCACGAGGCCCGUGGAGUCGGACCACGUGGCCCUGCUGCGGGCCGUGGAGCGCUUCGAGGAGGCCCGGAGCACAGGGGGAGAGCAGGCUGCACGCGGCGUCUGCGACCGCUACAGCCUGAGCGCGCGGGGCGUGCAGAGCGUCAUCGACAUGCGCGAGAAGAUGCGCAAGGAGCUGAGGCAGCAGGGCCUCCUCAGCGACCAGGUGCUCGCGUUUGCAAACCGGCACAAGCAGCACACGGCGGUGAUCCUGGCCGUCGUCACCGCCGGCGUCUUUCCGAACGUGGCCGCGCGCCGGCCCCCCGCGAAGAAGAUUGAGGCGGGGGGAGGGCGGGUGGCCGCGGCCACGCACCCGCAGUCGGUGCUGGACACCGGCGGCAAGGGCGGCAAGGACGGCAAGGGCGGGAAGGACGGCAAGGGCUGCCCAGCGGGGCCAGCGGAGUGGCUCUGCUACACGGAGAUGAUGCAGGUGGAGGAGCGCUACUCCAUCACUGGCGUCUCGCGCGCCUCGCCCGCAGCACUGCUGCUCCUCUGUGGAGACGACCCGAUCGAGCUCCAGGGGGCGCUGGGCUCGGCCGACGUCUCCGCGAGCCUUUUGCAGGGCUGGGUGGAGUUCUUGCUGCCGCGGGACCAGGCCAACCGCCUGCAGAACCUGCGGUACACCUUGCGGCAAGCUUUCAUCACGUAUUGCGAGUCACCCCUGAGGCUUGGCGAGCAGAAGCAGGCCCUCGAGUGCGCCGUGGCCUUGCUGAAGGCCUCCAUGGACGAGGCCGGCCGGCCCGUCUCGCUCGCCAGCGGGUACGCGCCGCGAGUGCCCGCGUACAGCCCUGGUGCAACCUCGGGUGACCUCGAGGAGUACGCGGCGGCCAUGCGGGAGGUCGCAGAGGCCAGGACUGCCGAAGCCGAGGGCCCCUGGGCCGAGGACGUAGCCGAGGGCGGCGGCCUGGAGCAGCUCGGGGAGGAGGACGACGCGGCUGGCGACGACGCCGAGGGUGUGGCCGAGGACGGCGACGUGGAGGGGGCUGGUGGGGAGGGAGAGGAGGGCGUGGCCGCGGACCUGCCAGAGGACGGCGGCCCGCACGCGCUCGAGGAGGAGGAGGAGGCGGAGGAGGAGGGCGUGGCCGGCGACGGAGACAUGGCCGAGGACGGCGGCGCAGACGCCCUCGGCGAGGAGGACGUGGCCGGCGACGAGGGCUUGGCCGAGGACGGCGGCGCAGAGGCGCCCGAGGAGGAGGGCGCGGUCGGCGAGGAGGCCGAGGCCGAGGGCGCGGCUGCGGCCGAGGCCGAGGCCGGCGAGGAGGCCGCCGAGGACCCCGAGGCCGAGCUGGCGGCCGCGGACGAGGCCGACGCCUUCGAGGAGGGCGCCGACCUGGCCCUGGACAUGGCGGGCGGCGACGAGGGCGCCCUGGCGGCCCUGCGCUUCCUGGCCGGGGACCUGGGCUACAUGGAGUCGGCGGAGUCGGAGCCCGUCGUCGAGGAGGGCGCGCCGUCGAAGCGCCGCCGCGUGUGCUCUCAGGCCUGA